AUGAUGGAAUUAUUGGUAUUGCCGGUAUUAGACAUUAUCGAAGAUGACGAUGUUGAAAUUGUCGAGUUUUUACAUUAUCAACGACGUACGUACACAAUUCGUGUACGAAUUAACCAUAUGGAGUUUUGGGAUGAUCAAGACUUUAAAGUUAGAUUUAGAAUCUCCAAAGAAGUAGUUAUUGAAGUUUUAGGAUAUAUAAAUGAGCAAAUAUCUUCACAAUCAUAUAGAAAUCAUGCCGUAACAUCCAUAAACAAACUGCUUUUAACUUUACGAUUUUAUGCUACUGGGAAUUUUCUAAUAACUGCUGGAGAUUUUUUGGGAGUAAGCAAAACUACAUCAUCAUUAAUUGUUCGUGAUGUCAGUGUUGCAUUAGCAAGACUGCUGCCACGGUUCAUAAAAAUGCCAGACACAGAAUUAGAAAUAAAUACAUUACAGAACCGUUUUUAUGAUAUCGCUAAAUUUCCUAGAGUUAUUGGUGCUAUUGAUUGUACCCAUGUAAAAAUACAAAAUCCAGAACUUACACAGCCUGAUGUGGUUGAAUUGUAUGCUUCACUAAUUUUUAACCAGCACUUGUUUUUGUCCUUCCAGGACACAGAGUUGGACACUUUAUUUUCCAGUACAGAUUUAUUUUCAAUUGCAUAUUUUAAUAACAGUUCUUUUUCCUCAAAGGAAAAGUUAUUUGCCCUAUUCCUUUUAUUUGAUGACAUAAUGAUGAUCGGUGAAUAA